AUGCCAUUCAGGCUGAGGAAGACCUGGAAACUCCUGGGUCAUGUGAGGCAUGGCCAUGGCGGCCGCAAGCACCCAGAAGGCCGUGGGGUUGCUGGAGGCGUGCAUCACCACAAGAUCAACUUUGACAAAUACCAUCCAGGUUACUUUGGGAAAGUUGGUAUGAUGCAUUACCACUUGAAGAGGAACCAGAGCUUCUGCCCAACUGUCACCCUGGAUAAAUUGUGGACGCUGGUCAGCGAGCAGACACGGAUCAAUGCAGCAAAAAUCAAGAGUGGAGCUGCUCCUGUCAUGGAUGUUGUUCGAUCAGGCUGCUACAAAGUUCUGGGCAAGGGAAAGCUCCCGCAGCAACCUGUCAUUGUGAAGGCCACAUUCUCAGGCAGAAGACCUGAAGAGAAGAUUAAGGGUGUUGGAGGUGCCUGUGUUCUGGUGGCUUAA